AACGGAUACUCUCCUGGUAUGGACAUCUCCUGAGAAUGGACGAAAACAGAAAGCCUCGCCAAUACAUGGAGGCCAGGGCACAAGGCAGACGACCGAUAGGAAGACCACGGGUGACAUGGGAGGCAACUAUUUCACGGAUAGCAGCAGAAAGAGGCAAGACCGUGAAUCAGUUGAAGAGAAUGGCUACGGACAGAGAGCAGUGGAGAAGAUGGAUCCGAGGCGACCACCCAACGCUGUGAAAACGGCACAUUGGGAUAGAUAAAAAAGAAGAUAGUUGAUAUUUCUCUAGCAUUGGUUUUCUAUAUCAAAUACUUGUGCACUUGUGCUUCAUAUUCGUAAUAUUGCUUUUUGUUCAUUUUCUAGGCUGACAUUAUCAUAUUAUGAUGUCAAUAAGAGCUUCUAAAAUUUCUUCGGAAUCAUUACCAAGGCAAAUUAUUCUUAAAAAGGGCAAAAACUGAAAAAUGGCAUGAUAAUUUUUAUGGGAAUGGGGCCCAUGAAGAGUCCCACUUCAAGUCCAAAGACUGAUUGGGAACAGAAGAAUCUAUUAUUUUUGAUAAGAAAAUGACGUUGAAAUUGUUGCGGAUUCUCAGAAGGCGAGUCACCGGAUGGAGGUCCUUUGAGAUGUUUCAUCAGAGUGUUGCCAUUGAAGCUCAAUGCUUCAUCCGGUCAUUGGAAUUUUCAAGUAUUUUUUACUCGAUAAGCAAACAAAUCUCGAGUGCACUCUAAUUGAAAAUGGAGAGGUCUGUGUAUAAAUAUGUGAAAAAUCGAAGGGACUUCAUUCAGUCAAUCGUUGAGCUGUUUAUAGUAACGAGAAUAGUGUUCCAAUCUAUCGAUUCAAACCUGAUAUAGUAUCUCAUCUGACUAAAGAUAAGAUGAUCGGAAAUCCAGCUUAUAUUUUUGGUGCUGCCGCAAUUUUGUUAGCGGUGUGCGACUGCGCUGUGCUCCCCGGAGUUCUGCCCGACCACGACAUACAGUGUGACUGCUACAGUAAUGCUGCCACGGCUAGGGUGAACCCUGUAUGCGGCACAGAUGGCCGAACUUAUCACAAUAUGUGUGUCUUCGUAUGCUACCAAAAGGAGUUUGAAGAUUUGGACGUGAAACAUGAAGGAGAAUGCCUGGGAAAUGUUGGAGCUUUUGACGAUUCCGAAGACAGUGCAGAAGAUUGCUUCUGUUCUAAAGAUAUCAACCUUGUAUGCGGCACUGAUAAUGAAACUUACAAGAAUGGAUGUUAUUUGAAUUGUAGAGCCAGUGAUAUCAAAGAUCUCAAAGUGAAACAUCACGGACCUUGCGUUGAACCACAGGUAUCUGCGGCAUCUACCUGGGUUUCUGCCGAAGCCCCCAUAGACUGCCCAUGCACAAGAGAAAUGAAUCCAGUUUGUGGAUCUGAUGCCAAGACGUAUCCGAAUUUCUGUAUUCUCAACUGUCACAGUAAUCAUUUCAAAGAUCUCAAAGUGAAACAUCACGGACCUUGCGUUGAGCCACAGGUAUCUGCGGCGUCUACCUGGGUUUCUGCCGAAGCUCCCAUAGACUGCCCAUGCACAAGAGAAAUGAACCCAGUUUGUGGAUCUGAUGCCAAGACCUAUCCGAAUUUCUGUAUUCUCAACUGUCACAGUAAUCAUUUCAAAGACUUGAAACUGAAACAUCAUGGCGAAUGUGAAGAGUAUGCUGGAAAGAAGAGCUCUGAGCAGGAAAUUGAGGAUUGCUUUUGUUCAAAGGAGAUCAACCAUGUUUGUGGCACUGACUCGAAAACAUAUCAAAACCUCUGCAUUCUCAACUGCCGCAGUAGAGAUACCAAAGAUUUGAAAGUGAAACAUCAUGGAGCUUGUAAGACUUCUAAAGUUGUAUCAACUAAGGACAAAACUUCAACCGAUUGCUUUUGCUCGAAAGAGAUGAAUCAUGUUUGUGGCACUGACUUGAAAACAUACCAAAACCUUUGCAUUCUCAAUUGUCACAGCCGAGACACCAAAGAUCUGAAGCUGUCACAUAUGGGUCAUUGUGAAGAAACAUUACCCAUCAUCAUGGAUUAAAUAUGCACAAUUAGAAGGUUUCUAAUUUCAAAAUUUGUGUCAUGUAAAUUUAUUUACCAAUGUGGGAUUUAUUUAUUCUCGAGUACUCGGUACUUCGUUUUUAUACAACAUUCUAUCAAUCAGUAUUUAUUGUUGUAGUAUUUAUUGUAGAAUUUGUUCAAUGUUGUUUAUGUUACUAAUUUGCCAUAAAUAUAUUAUUCUAUAAAUUA